UCCUCCCCGGACCUGAAUAAGCGUUGCACACCAAACAGGCAUGGCGUCCUUCAACCACAGGCGUUUGUAACAGACCUUCAUCUGUGUGCCCUUCUGUAUUUAUUUGAGGUAGUUUUUUGUGCAGCUGGUGAGAUAUUCGUCCCAAUGGCGACCAGGAGCGUGUGUCAAGUCUUCCAACGGCGCUUUGCAUCAGCCGCAGCAUCUUUGCGUGCAUCGCCUGCCGAGAUACGCAGCCAGCGCAAUGCCAUUUUCUCCAGAGAGCAGGCCAGGCAGAGAGCUCUGUACCCUCGCAUCGAGAAGAUAGAAGUGUCCAUGCAUGGCCCGGGACUGGAUGGCACCCUGCUCAUCAUGAACAAAGGCAUGUCAACUCCACUGAGCUGCGCCAGACAUCUGACCGAAUAUCACGUGAAAAACUCUACUCUGGCCCUGGUGGAUGGAGAACCAUGGCCUCUUCACCAGCCCCUCACCCAAUCCUGCUCACUCACUCUGCUCACGUUUAAAGACAACGACCCAACACUGGUCAAUCAGGCCUACUGGCGUUCCUGUGCCGCCCUGCUGGGUCAGGUGAUGGAAACUGCGUUCAAGGAUGAAUAUACUGUGGAGCUGCUCAGCACACCAGAAGUGCCAGUCAUUUCAGGGGCCUUCUGCUGUGAUGUGGUGCUCGACCCUCAGCUGGACUCAUGGACUCCCUCUGAGGAGUCCUUGCGCUCUCUGACUAGAGGGGCCCAGAAGCUGAUCCACCAGGACCAGGCCUGGGAGCCUUUGGAAGUGGUGCCCUCUGUGGCGCUGGAGGUCUUCUCACACAGCAGGUGUAAACAGGAAGAGGUGGAACAGAAAGCUUCACAAAGUCCCAAAGGCACCGUGAUGCUCUACAGAUGUGGUGACCAUGUGCUGCUGAGUGGAGGCCCUCUGGUGGCCAGGACUGGCCUGUGCUCCCAGUACGAGGUGACGGCCCUCCAUAACCUGGGACAGGGAUCCUGGGGUCUGCACCGUCGAGUACAGGGCCUCUCUCUGCCUCUGCAGCUGCAGGCUCAUCACACAGUCUGGAGGAAACUGAGGCAACGGGCAGAGAAACUGGUGGACGCGCCCGUACCUGAAGCAGUGGCUGCUGCUCCUGAAGUGACUAACCCUCCAGACUCAACUCAGCCUCCAACCAGCCAGUAACCUCGUCUGUGUAACCUUCCACACACACAUAUACAUACUCUGACAUGUAUCCGACUGUACCAUUUGUUCAAUAAAUGUAUAAAAAAUAUCUGAUAAAUCA